CAGGACAAGCACAAUUUGGAUGUCCACUGUGAACUGUACGUUUUACAUGUAAUAUACAAACCUUCUACCACAUCAACAACAGGUUAUAAAUGGACGCACAUCGCUUUCCUGACUGACUCACUAUUUUCUUAAAACUUUCCUUGAUUGAAGUCAGGAAGAAAGGUUCAAAAUGAAGGCUCUUAUAUUAUUAUAUUUAAUGGGGUUAGGCUACAAGGUAUCUGUAUUUGGUGAGAACUCAACAAAAGUCCUCUAUGCUGUUCUAACUGUGGAGUCCAGCGCAAUCAACAACUUUACAUCAGUUUUAAGAUCAUUUUUAAUGACCAGUCCCGUUGUUGUUAAAGACGUUGAUGUUACAACAAAAUGUUGUGCUUUAAACAACAUAACAGAAUGUCAAUGCAUGGAGAAGCACAAAUGGAAUGAUGAAGUGUGCACGUCUUUCCCAGAGUGCUGCCCAAAUGAAAAAUGCACAAUGCAAUCUGUGCCGAGUUCACCAUUGUGUUUCCCUAUAGAAAGAGUUGAUAUAUCUGGAUUUUUCGUCAUACCAGGGGAAGGGUAUAAUAAAGACCUAGAUGAUUUGGAAACUCCAUUGUAUAAAGAUACAAGGCAAAACAUCCUGAACAAGAUGUUACCAGUGUAUAGCACAUUUCCCAAGUUUGUCAGUCUUACAAUCAGUGGUUUCAGGCCUGGAUCGUUAAUAGUCGAUUUUCGAUUAAUAUUGAACAGAAAUAUCUCCUCUGUUGACCUAGCCAACAAAACAUCCAAAUUGCAGGUUUUGUUGAAAGGAACAGCACAGGUGCAAACAAAAGGAAUGGUAAAAAUGACUGCACCAAAUGGCCCGGUGAAUUUUCAAUCAAACCAGUCCCUGUCCUGCUCAACUGAAGAAGACAUGAUUCUAUAUUCUUGGCAAUUGAAAAACUUUGUACAUACUAACAGGAUUUUUAAUGUAACCAAUGGUUCUGAGUCUAACACAGAUAAUUCUUCUCGGAAGACCGCACUUAAUCUUACACUGGUAUCAGAGGUCUGGUCAGGGUCUUUUUCAUGCCUCUUCCUUACAAGUUCAUUAAACGUGACUAUAAUACAUAAAGCCAGUGCUGUACUGGAUGUAGCCCUCCUGCCACAGAUUAAGAUAAGUAGCGAACCCCAAUUCCCACAAUGUACUGGUGGAUGGGGCUUUGAAGACGUACGAGUUUUGUGUGAAAUAAAAAAUUCCUCUGAAACCUAUAACGUUUCUUGGAAAUGUAAUCUAAAGUAUUCCGAUCCUGACAAACCAAGUUUAUCCCCCUAUGGUUCAAUCAUUUAUACAUUGAAUACGAAGGUCGACUGUAGUAACGACGCAAAAAACCCUGUACCAAACUGUGAAUGCAAAUUUACUAACAGGCUAAAUGAAAGUACAAAAACUGCAGUCAAUAUAAAUGUCAUAUACAAGGACGAUCCCUUCUGCGAAAAGGACAAUAUAUGGCCAGUGGCCAAGUCGGGGUAUGUUGCCAAGAUGAGAUGUAAAAAUGGUGUAGGGGAAAGAAGCAGGAGUUGUGACAAUUCAAUUUGGGGGCUCGAAUCUUCCAGUUGUGUUAAUGUGGAUCUUCACGAUAUUCUCUUGGAUGCACAAAAUCUACGGAGGGGACUUGGAACAGUAGAGCAAAAUACCCCCGACAUAUUUAUCCGUUUAAAGAAUUCCACAAAUAAUACAGAGGCAAUCAACACAUUUGCUAAUCUUAAUGCUUCUGUUAUUAUUCUACAAACCAUGCUAAAUGUUUCCGAUGAACUGAAACAGCCUGUUUUAAAUGACUUAAUAGAAUCUUCCAGCAAUCUUUUGGAUAGUAGUCUUGAAAACUCUUGGACUUCAAAGGAAGAAAAUAAAAGCAACACAAAUCUUGCUUCAAUAUAUUUGAAAUCUGUGGAAGGAUUGGUCAAAAAGACGGACAUAAAAAGCAACUCUGAUCCAAUUAUCAAACCAAACAUUGCUAUGGUUUCCUGUAUGCAGAACUGCAAUGGUACUGUGUCCUUGUUCAAUGUGAAUGUAUCUUUAGACGGUGGGAAGGGUCAAACUAAAACUGUGGUGUUUAAAUUUCUGGACCAGUUUUUACUACCCAAAGACAGCGAUUCAAGCCCAAAUUCCCUUGUGGUGUCUGCAGUUGUUCAAGACAACGUUAAAGCAAUCUCAAUAGACUUUGAGUUGCUGAAAGACAGACAGCCUAAUGUUAAAAUGUAUUGCGCAUUUUGGGAUUUUAAGGCAGACACAUGGUCCAGUGAGAACUGCACAUGGGGAGGUUCUGACAAUGAGGGACACUGUGAAUGCACCCAUCUUUCAUCCUUUACCAUGCUUAUGGCAAAGAAACCACUACCUUUGAAUUAUAUGGAUGAGAUAACCUAUGUGAGCUUGGGGGUGUCAAUCGCCUCUCUGGUUUUAUGCCUGGUAAUAGAAAUUCUGGUGUGGCACUCAGUUGUGAAAUCAAGCAUUGCCUUUUUUCGUCACACGACCCAUGUUAACAUUUGUUUGUGCUUGCUUAUAGCACAUAUCACCUUUUUAGCUUCAGCUUUCCCAGACAAAAUGAAUGGCAGUUGGUGUCAAAUUUGUGUGGUGCUUAAACAUUUCUCUUACUUGGCCAUGUUUUUCUGGAUGUUAUGCCUGAGUAUUAUUCUUCUUCAUCAGAUUACAUUUACGUUCCACAAACUUAGCAAGAAUGUUUUCCUGGGAUCAUCUUUUUUUUUGGGCUAUUUUUGUCCCCUGGUGAUUGUUGCAUUUACAAUGAUCAGCUAUAACAAUGGACAGGAAGACAUCUACUAUAGUUCUAAAACAUGUUGGUUAUUAUAUAAAGGACUUUUUAAAGGGUCAAUGUAUGCAUUCGUUCUACCCGUUGGAACAAUUGUGAUCAUCAAUGUGUUCUGCAUGUUGGUGGUUGUCAUGAAACUUUUAAAUCCUGCAAUGGCUGAACACAGCAACAGGGAUGAAAAACAGGUUUCCAAAGGUAUCCUCAAGGCAGUUAUCCUUUUAACCCCAAUCUUGGGAACAACCUGGUUUUUGGGAUUUUUUGUUUUAACAAUUGACCUCACCAAAGGACCCCUCGCCUACUUUGUCAAUUAUGCCUUCACUUUGCUCAACGGAUUCCAGGGAUUCUUCAUUUUGCUUGCCACAUAUGCAGCAGAUAAAACGAUUCGAGAGGCACUGCUGAAACGUUUGGGGUGGAGUCGUUCACAGUCCACCACAAGUGCAAGCUCUUCCAAACUAUCAUCAAUGAAGAGUCACUGAUGUGUUUGCUGGGCUGGCAUAUCUAGUUUUUUCUUGAACACUGUUCUAUGAUAUACUGUUUAUAACAAUAUUGGGGGGUUUAUGUUUAGCAUUAUAUACAUGUGUGUUUUUGAUCUUGAUAAAAAGUUUGGGGGGGGUUUUGUUUAGCAUGAUAUACAUGUGUGUUUUUGAUCUAAAAAUAUUGGGAUUUGUAUGUUUAGCAGUAUAUACGUGUGCGUUAUUAUGAAAUGUUGCAUGUCAUAUUUUCCUAACUUCAAGCACUCUUAUUUAUUUCUACAGUGUGUUGUAUUGUUUUUGUAAUUUUCAUAUCCUGCAAUGUACACUAGUUUCUGUGCAAAUAACAUCAUUGUACACUCAUUUUGACUGGUAAUAGAAUUAAAUAUAUGUUACCCUU